CAGUGCCGAGUUCAAGUGCAUGGCACUCUUUCUUGAGUGAACCGCAGUGAUGCCGUUCGAAUUACAUGGAUUGGUACGUCGGAUGAUCCCAUAUUCCAUUUUGCCGCCUUGACCAUGAAAGCUGCUUUGACGACCCCCGACAUCAUCCGUCGCUCCCGCGCGUCGUGGGGCUCGAGCCACUCGAUGGACGACGACGAGCCGAGCCCGACGCAUCGCCUCGACCGGACGCGCGUCACGAUCGAACGGGCCUCCGUGCGUCUCCCGAAAGACAAGAAAAAGCCCGACAGCGCGUGCAUCUUCUUUGUGAUUAAAGUCGACAAGGGCGACGGCUGCCACGUCAUCGAGCAGAGCUGGGCGGCCUUCUCGGAGCUCAAGGAAGACCUCUUGACGGCGCUCGACGCCGGUCACGUGUGCAGCGGUAUUUGCCCAUGGCUCUGGGAAGACCUCCACCACAACUUUGACCAUCCGACCAAGAAGGUCAACCUCCGCACGUGGCUGCACCUCCGCCUCCGCCGCCGCACCAAGGACACGAUCCAAGUGUUCCUCGAGCACUUUCAGGAACUGCUCGACUCGAUGCUGACGGUGCUUCGCCAGCGUCACAUUCACUGCCGCCAGUUCCACGACGUCUGCACCGUCCUCGCGCGCUUCAUUGACGUGCGCCCACCGACGCUCAUAGGGUCGCCCGAGCCCCGCCCGUACCACAGCGCCACCACUGUCGAGCACGGGCUGCGUCGAGUGCUAAGUAGUAGCUAG